AUGCCAUCGAAAAAGAGUAAAACAGCUAAAGCAGAACGUUCAUCAAGUGGAUCACCAAAACGUAAAUCUAAUGGUAAAAGUGCUGAAGACCGUCCAGAUAUUGAUGUAUUAUCACCAGCUGCUGUAAUCAAUGCAUAUUAUAUAUGUCAUAAUGUUGCUGACUGUUUAGAUGCACGAGGUUUUGCAUGGGAAGGUGCUAAAAAAGGCAAAAAGAAGAAAAAGAAAAAAUCAUAA